AUGGCUCUAAGUGCUCGGCGGCACGAGAUUGCCAUCAGGACCGCCCACGGCCUUUCCGAAAUGAUUCACCGCGUCGAUCUCGCCGUCGUUCUGUCAUUCGUCGUCGGUUCGGCCGCCGCGGCACCUCGUCUUGGCUUCCUCUCUGCCUUCCACCAAGCUUCUGUCUUCCAAAAAGCUUUGAAGACUUCUUCUACCAAGCUUCUUCGGUCCUCAAAGUCCCUUCCCUACUCCCAUCCAGAGCCUCUCUCUGUAGUAGUCCUCUUCUCAUGUGACGUUUGUGAAUCGUCUCUGGGAAGAUUUCAACUACAGAGAGAGCUUUGACCAGCUUUUUCGGAGGAGUUCCACUGUCUUGAAGCUUCUAAAGAACUAAAACUGACAGCUUUGCAUUUUUUUUGAGAAAUCAACAAGUCGCUCUCCUCCAACCCCUUCCCCGGCCCCUCAAGCAGACCCUCCAGUGACCAGGACUGCUUCUUCUGUAACAAUCAGAUGCCAAGAGAGCCGCUUCGAUCUCUCUGGGAUUUGUAUUGUUGCAGAAGACGCCUUCCCCGAUUUUCCCACCCCUCAAGCGACCAGGACCAUCCCUUUUGUAG